GCAUUUACGCGCGCAUAUUUUCGCGUCUGCGGUGUCUCGGCAGGAGCUUCCGACGCAGCGAUGGACGAUGACUUUCCGUCCGUACUUCCGAUGGAGGUUCUAGGGUCCAACUGGAGCCAGGCGUCGUCGGACGAUGGGGAGACAAGCGCGUACGUUGCCGUGCGUUGCGUCAUGGCCUCGGCAUACACGCUGAUCAUCGCUGUGGGUCUUGUGGGCAACGUGACCCUCAUGAAGAUCUUCAUCAGCACCGCGGCCAUGAGGAGUGUGCCCAACAUCUUCAUCAGCAGUUUGGCGGCAGGAGACCUCCUGCUGAUCCUCACCUGCGUGCCGGUAGACGCCUUCCGGUUCUUCUCUCACCAAUGGAUCCUCGGAGAGGUCGCGUGCAAGCUCAUACCCGCAAUACAGCUCACCUCCGUUGGCGUGUCCGUCUUCACGCUCACCGCCCUCAGCGCCGACAGGUACAAGGCCAUCGUAAAGCCCAUGGACAUCCAUACAUCUGGCGCUGUUUUGUGGACAUGCGUAAAGGCCGCGUCCAUCUGGCUGCUGUCCAUCCUGAUGGCCAUCCCCGAGGCCGUCUUCUCCGAAGUUCAAAGGGACAGUGAAAACAUUACCUUCGUCAACUGCGUCCCGUACCCACUGUCCAACCGGACGCAUCCUAAGGUCCAUUCAGUGAUGAUCUUCCUGGUUUACUUCCUGUUCCCGCUGGCCGUCAUCUCCGUGUAUUACUACCACAUUGCUCGCACGCUCACACGCAGUGCACACAACAUGCCCGGAGAGCUCAGUGAGCACACCAAGAAACAGAUGGAGACCAGGAAGCGUCUGGCUAAAAUCGUGUUGGUCUUCGUGGGUUUGUUCGCCCUCUGCUGGCUGCCCAACCAUGUGCUCUACAUGUACCGCUCCUUCCACUACCAGCAGAUGGAUGUUUCAUUAGCCCACCUGCUCGUCACGCUGCUAGCACGCAUUCUCAGCUUCUCCUCGUCCUGCGUCAACCCCUUCGCACUCUACCUGCUCAGCGACAGCUUUCGCCGCCACUUCAACAGUCAGCUGCGAUGCGGUCACCGCCCUCGCGCACAGCGCCAGGCCAGCUACCUGCACAGCACCUCUCAUAUUCGGCUCACCUCCAUCAAGAAGGCCACACCCAGUUCCGCUGCCAACGGCGCCAGCGACAGGCCAGAAAUAACCAUGUGAUGACUUCCACCUGGACAGGAAGUCCCCUACUAGCUGCAAGUAGCAUACGCCAGUCUGACAGUAUGUCACCCAUGAGUCGAUACUGUCCCUCAUGAGUAUAACGAUGAUGUCAUUCAUGAAGUUGAUGAUGUUACUGUCUUUCAACAACAUCACGGUCAGAGAUUUCCUGAAACCUGGAGAAGCUGCUAUGUUAGCUCGUUAGUUUAGCACGCUUUCCAUGCUGAUGAAGAAAUAUGGCGGCACCCAGCGACAUCAUCAAUGUGAUCGCCCUGUCUCCAUGGACCCUUCCUAUUGCCAUCAUCAUUCAUGAAAAUGAAACUUUCAUGCACUUUAACACGUAGCACUAGCAUAUAGCUCAUGAGAAGCGGCGUGCAGCAACAGGAAGCAAAGGGCCACAGAGGGAGCCAAUUAGAAGCAAUCAGAAAUGUGAUUGCUUUAGGAAAGGCGAUCCCGCCUUACAUUUGCUGUUGUAAAGAAGGAAGUGUGGUGUUCAGCCCAUCCUUGUGGGAUGGAUUGUCGUGAUGGAUAAUAUGCUCCUUCUACAUCAAUCACUUCCUGUUGGCAUCUUUAAGCUUCCUCUUACACCUUGAAUACAUCCUCAUUAUUGACAUCAUCAUCAUUAUCUUUAACAUCAUGAACAAUGACAUCUUUAAUCAGACGAUAUCAUCAUUGGUGAAAUCCUUCCAUCCAUCCAUUUUCUACCGCUUAUUCCCUUCGGGGUCGCGGGGGACGCUGGAGCCUAUCUUAGCUACAAUCGGGCGGAAGGCGAGGUACACACUGGGCAAGUCGCCCCCUCAUCGCAGGGCCAAAACAGAUAGACAGACAACAUUCACACUCAAAUUCACACACUAGGGCCAAAUCAUCGACAUAGUAAUCAUUAAUGACAUCAAUAUCAAUGACAUAAUCAUCAUCAUUAGCGACACCAUCAUCAAUGACAUCAUCGUCAAUGACAUCAUCAUCAUCAGUGUAGAAAGUACAGUUGUGUUGAAAAAAAGAUGAC